AUUCUCGGAUGUAAACCCUCCUCUUGGCUCGGCGUUCGGCGUUGGUCGCAGGCGGCGCCCGGGACGGCUCUCGGGUAGAUCCUCCUCUCUCGAACAGAAAAGGAGUGGGACGGCAGCCCUGCGCUCCAGAGAGAAACAGCAGCAUGCGGAUGUAAGAGAGAGGAGUAUGUUGUCGGCGACAAUGCCAGGCAGUGUCUGAACUCCUUGGGGCUUGAAGAUCGGCGCUGCUGUCUGUAAAACGCGGGUUUGGGGAGCCGUCGGCGGCAUCAGGGAGCAGAACCGACCGGGGACUGCGGGGUGCUGAGAGGAGGGGUGGAGUCGAAGAGCCUGGCCAGAACAUCCUGUUUCCUGAAAGCAGAGUUCAAGUUCAAAGCUUGCUGGGUGCCAGGAAAGAUGUCGAGCAACAACACAGCCAGUAUAUCUCAGGCCAGGAAAGCGGUGGAGCAGCUGAAAAUGGAAGCUUGUAUGGACAGAAUGAAGGUUUCAAAGGCAUCAGCUGACCUGAUGGCUUACUGCGAUGCUCACCUCAGGGAUGACCCACUCAUUGCCCCACUGCCUGCUUCAGAGAACCCCUUCAGGGAGAAGAAGUUCUUCUGUGUCAUCCUCUGACAACAUCCAAGAAAGAGGGCUGAGAGGUGGGGUAUACUAUGUCCAAACAGAAGACUGGUUGUUAGGAGUCACAUGUGCAUGCUGUAAUCACUGCACCUAUUUAGAGGAAUAACCGUUACUAAGUGUUUUAUGUUGAUCAUGAUUUUGAUGGCACAGUAUUGUGUCAGUUACACAAUCACAAGAUAAUUUUUUAUGAAUUUAGAUGACUUUUUCUAACUAGAUCCUUGUGUUUUGUAUAUUUAAUAUAAAAUGUUAAAGCACAAUUCAUUGGUGGCAACAGGAAAGAGUGACUUUGCAGAGAAGUUAAGUAUAAUCAUUCUAUUUUUAAUGACUAUACAUACCUAGUGAGAGAAACUGAAUUUACCCAAUCUCAACAGUACUGAAGUUCCAUGUAAAGGGCCAAAUACUAAGAAAUGUUUAUUGUGAAACUAACCUGAAUAAGAAACAAAAAUAACUUGUUUUUAUAGAAAAUUAUCUUUUGCUGUCUCAAUACAGAUCUAACAAUAUCCUGAUUGAUCUGACAAUAGUUUUGAAUAGCUUCCUUAUUUCGAAAUUCAAAGUAAAUUUAUUAAUUGACUUACAUGUAUAUUACUGGGUACUAUCUUGAGAUUGAUUUCCUAUAUCUAAAAACAUUGCCAGGUUUAAUAGCUUAAUUGGUGAUAUUUUCAAACAGUUUGGGGCUUGAAUCUAUUUUCCAAGAUCCCAGCUGUACUGAACAUGGAACUUGCAGCACAGAAACAGUUGUAUGUUGGUGCAUAUGCUGCACAUGAGGUGUUUGCACUCAUCUUCAUCUCACCCUGUUAACAAACCCUUCUGUUGCUUUGUUGCUCCUUUUGAAUGUGCUGAUAGAUGCCACAUUUCACAAUUUCCUGAGUGAAUGGGAGAAGAAGAGGGAAUUCCCUACUGGACUCACUAGUCACUUUCUUGUAUUAAUAUCCUCAAUAUUUGGUCUCUACUGUAAGUAGAAACAACUUCCACGUUCUGAAAGACAGUCCUCUUUGCAGAAAACAGCAAGUUUUUCUCUGUAUUUGAAGAGACUGCAUACUUGAAGAAUGAGAGCCAUUUUUUGAAUCAAGCAAUCUUGAGCGAGGUUCCUUACAUAAUGGAUUGUGGGCUAUUUAUUAAGUGAAGAUUAGUGAGUUUGGGAUAUCCCCAAGUAGCAGAGUGCAGCAAAAUUGCAAUCAGCUAAAUUGCUCUCCUUUAUUUCAGAGAAAUGAUUUAUGAUGACUUCUGCCUAUUCUUUUUUAAAGUACGUUGUGAAGGACAUAGAAUGGGAGCCUUGUGAAAUGGGAAGUGAGGGUGUCAUUGCCAAUUAACUGGAAUCUGGCAACUUGCACUCAUUUCUCAAUCAUGGGAUUCUAGGGCACCACUUACUAUUGGACAGGCAUUUUACUUACUCUCAAAUGGUGGUUGUCCAUUGUAUCCAACAAUGAAAGGAAACCUGUGUGGGAAAGUUUUUAGAGUGAAAAAGCUGCUGCAUUGGGGCAGUUCCGCUUUCUCAACCUCAGAAGUUUGGGAUUAGUGGUAUGAAAAAGCAGCACAAAUUGGAGUUAGUGUCUGACCAUGACAUCUUCUGUGCCUUGUCAUGCCCUUUUGCUGUCCUUGGAAUGUUAAAUGUUGCAGUACCUCCAUUCUGGCCGUUAGAUCUCAUCCGCCCAGUCCACCAGAGCUGACUUUGCAUGCUGGGACAGGCAUGUCCCUAAUUCUCAUUGGCUUUUAACAUGGAUUUAAUUGGUUAUUAAAAUCUGAAAUAUAUAUUAUAAUUGAUAUUUAAAUAUGCAAAUGAUGGGAUUCUGAGGUGCACCAAGUUUCUAAUGGAUCAAUAUUUGUAAAGAACUAGUCAAAUUCUGUAUAAAAAUGGCAAUUUUUUUGUUCAGACUUCAGAACAGGGUGAUGACAGAGACUGUGCUGUUCCCCUUGUGCACAAGUUAAUAAAAUGUAAUUGAGGAAUUAAUGCAGAUUGUCAGAAUCCAGUUAACUGGCAAUGACGGGAAGCUUGGAAGCACAGAAAUGGUGAACUCAGUACUCAGUCAUCACAGUUUUAAUCAAUUAAAAUAUCUUCAAUGUAUAUUUAACAUGAAAUACAAUAAUAAGAAUUUAACAUGAAUGUGAGUUAUUAUGUUGAUCAGAACAUUAUGGAGCAGUUCCUCCUAGGAAGGAUGCUGGCAACUAAGAUUGUUCAUCAUAUAGGAGGUUUUCUGGACAGCUGAGUGCAGUGCAAAGAAUCGAAAAUGCACCAAACACAUUUCCAGAUGAAAUAACCACUCGACUGAUUUUGUGUGGUGGCUGCUGUUGGUAUCUGCAAAAUCCCCUGAACUGAGGAGACAUUAGAAUCAUUUAUCACAUCCAUACAAUGGAUGUUCAAGAGUACAGCUUUGCAAACUUCAGCUAAACACACAGGAAAGCAGGUUUUGUUACUUACCACAAAAAAAGCCAUUUAUGUUUCCAAAGCUGAACAGAAAGAGGUUGCAUUCUUGAUGCUAUAAACACAAUGGAGAAGGCAAAGAUUCAAGAUUGUUGAUUGUCAUUCUUCAGCACACUAGUUUAAAGGAAGACAAAAUGAUUGUUCAUUGACAAAAAUAAUUGCUGUAUCAUAAUCCCGAACUAGAUCUUGGAUGGGUAAGAACGGAUUAGGAUAAGUAACAAAAGUUUGUCAAUAGGUUUCAAAGUGAGUCAUGAAUGAAGAAAGACAGUUGAAGGAAUUCCAGAGUUCCGAAUUUACAGGGCUCUGGAGAUCAGCUUAAAACAAGAAGUUGAAGGCAAGGCUUUACACUGAAAGUGAUAACCAGCUGGAAAUGGGUCAGAGUCAGGAUCUGGUCAGCUAAGGAAUAUAGACAGGCUGGUAUUUAGCAGGCAGAAGUGUAAAAGCCCAUGAGACUGCCUUCAACAGAACUGGUCUUGUGAUGUUGGUUUCAUCUAAAAUGAAUAGGAGUACAUCAAACGUAUGAUAAUAGCCAAAAAUGUACAUCUUUCAAUUCAGCACAAUUGCACUGUAAAUCUGAAUGUCAAAUAUAAAUUGAUUAAAAAUUAAUUCCAGUAUUUAACUUUUGAUGUGGUGAUUGUGCACUCUGGGUAACCAUGUUUCCAAGUUCAGCACUUAGUAAUCCUCACAUAAUAAAAAAAAUCAAUCAACAUUGGUUCCCCCUCCCUUUGAUUUAUUUCCAUUUUAUUUUACCUUAUUUCUUUUAACUUCUUAAAUGUUUUUGAAAAUAUGCUAAAGGGGAAAUGUAGUUUGCCACAGCUAUCAGAUGUUCCCAUAAUAAGGGAGAGAUCAUUUAUCAAUCAUGUCAUGUUACUUUGCUUUUCAUGUUCAAAACUAGAGGCAGACUUGGAACAAGCAUCUUGGUACAAAGAGUUUUUUGAAUGAAAAAAAAACAAAAUGUCAAUAAAUAGUUGCCAACUUUCCAGGAUUGCCCUGGAGUCUCCAGGAGUAAAAGGUUAAUCCCUUCAACAGCGCCAGUGAACAAUAUCCAGGGGGAAAAGAAUUGCAGUCCAUUGAAAAAAAAUUUAAAAAGAAAAUUAUGGAAACUCAUUAGUUUUAAAAGUAUUAGAGAUGGCGGGGGUUAGAUUGCUUGCAAGGAUGAGACAGUUAUAGGUAGAUAUUCUGUGAAUUUUUCAGGAGUAAGUCUGACUAUAGUUGGUAAGCCCUCGUAGCAAAAACCUUGCAAUGUGUAGGCAUUAAUGUUUUGUUCAUGUUUGAGGGGAGAAAAACAACUACCUUAAUAUCAUUCUUUAACUACUUGUAGAAAACAAUUUUAACUAAUGACUUUCUAGAAAGGGGGGAUAUCUUUAGUUUAUCAAGGUUUCUUGAUCACAAGGUUCUCACAGAUGCAGAAGGUAAGUUGGCUGUGUACCCCUUUGUUCUGAUUCAUUAAUAAAUGAUUCCAUGCCUUUCGCUCAUUAGUCAUUCCCUGUCCUAAGCACUGUAUACAGAAUAAUUUUCAGAGAUCUGUCCUAAAAUUGUUCUAAUAGAGCUACCACCCUAUGGUCCCACUUCCUUCAGUUUAUACUUUCCAUUCUAUUAACAAUUGUGUACCUCUGUAUGGGCUCACAACUCAGGUGCCAUUCUUCCAGGCUGAAUGACACAAUAUUUCUCAUGUUUAUUCAUAUCUCUGAUAUAUUCUUUAAUAAUUUUAGUUUUAUGCAGUUAUGGGGAGAAUAUACUAACAUGUCCUUAACAGACUGUGGCAAGAAUUGAAUCUGGGCUUCUGUAAGAGAGCAUUACACUAACACUAUGAUCCAGUGCUGCUCCUACACUACCACAUCAGAAUUAGUCUCCUGGCCUUUCCCUACACAUUUGAAUUCAUGAAUGUACUUGGUUACCAAAAAUGUGGUCUGUUUAGGAGUACAGUCAGCCCUUCUUAUCCGCGGAUUCCACAUGCACAGAUUCAACCAACCGCGUAUUGGGAAAACCUGGAAGUUCUUUCUCCGGCACUCGUUGUUUGAGCAUGUACAGACUAUUUUUUCUUGUCAUUUUUCCCUAAACAAUACAACUAUUUACAUAGCAUUUACAUUGUAUUAAGUAUUAUAAGUAAUCUAGAAAUGACUUAAAAGUACAGGCAGUCGGAACAGGUACAUCCGAUAUUAUUUAGUGACCAUUAGUCAAACAUUUUUCUUAGUAUAUAGUACAUAUUUUACCUUUCUAUGCAUAUAAAACACUUAAGAAACAUACGUAUUUCAAUAAUUAAACCACUGCGUUGCUUAGUAAUAAUUGUAGCUUUCAUCGGGGGCAGGACCUUUCACAUGCUCUCAUUAAAAUUGUUCCGAUUGUUGACCGACAUAGCCUAACGCUUUUCCAAUGACCAAUGGCAUUUCACUUCUUUCCGAUCACUUUAUUACUUCCACCUUAUUUUCAAUUGCGAUCGUGAUUAUUUUCAUGAACAGAAACCUUGCGGAUUCAGAGCUGCGCCAGGUCCUAACGUCCACCGCAUUGAACAUGUUAAAUAAAGUCCGGGGUUCCGCUGGGUCCUAAAGACAACCGCACUGAGCCAGGUUAAAUAAGGGGCUUGAGCAUCCGCAUUUUUUGGUAUCCGCAGGGGGUCCCGGAACCAAUCCCCCGCCGAUAAGGAGGGCUGACUAUACUCUUUUCAGAAAUGAAGAUUGCAUGUGAAAUACCCAUCUGCUGGGUGAUCUUAACAUCACAUGAAUGAGAAAUGACUGAGAUAAUGCUAAAACUUCGCAAAUUUCUCUUUUUAACAGUUUACCAGUAAUUAUGUAUUAAAACAAGUGAUAAAACAUGUUAACACUUGCUUUAACAUCCCAGACUAUGUCAUUACUCCUGUAGUAUAUUUAAAAAUUAACUUUGAAAUCUGUUAGAUUUCAACUCAAAAAAACUAGGUUCAGUACAUUUAUAAUGAUAUGUCAUUUCAUCCCUCAUUAUAAGAAAUAUUACUCAUGGAAAGCACAUUUAUUUUCCUUUGCCAGUUUUCCCUCCCAGAGAUACAGUAGCUGUCUGAUACAUCGCUCCUUGUAACAAACCUGUUGUAAGAACCAUCAAAAUAUCUGUUCAAAUUACUUGCUAAUCAUAGACACACAAUUUGUAUAGGAGUUCAUACACUCAGUACGAGUAUGGUUGGAAUUAAUGAUGAGAUCCACAAAUGACUACGCGAAGGAGGGCUUAGCUUGAUCAUGAUUGUGGCAUUCCUACACCAAGGAGACAUCAGACAUUAGCGUGACACUAUUUCAGAUUGGGACAUUGGAGUUCAGAGUUCAAUUCUAGUGUCCUGUAAGAAAGUUUGUAUGUUCUUCCCAUGUGGGCGAGAGUUUCCUUUGGGUGCUCUAGUUUCCUCCCACACACUAAAGACAGUUAGUAACUGAUCAUUGUAAAUUGUCCCGUGAUUAGGCUAGGGUUAAAUCGGUGGGUCGAUGGGAGGGUCAAAGGCCUGUUCUGUGCUGUAUCUAUAAAUUAAUUAACUAAUUAAUCAAUUGGUAUUUCUGACAGACGAAUAUUUGCUUUUGGAUUGGAAAAUUAAUGAAUUGGCAUCUUGAUAGCAGAGAUCAGAAUUUUGGGAGAUAUAGGCAAAGGAGAUAAUAUGCAUCACAUCCAAAAGAUACAGCACAGUGCAGCAGAAAUAGAGGGGGUUGAACUGGGGAGUGGAAUCGAGCCCAUAUGGAUAAGGAUCAGAAAAUGUAAUCCCUAAUCACAAGCAAAAUGGGAAUCCAGAGUAACACACACAAAAUUCUGGAGGAGAAAUAAACAGUCAACAUCUUGGACUGAGACCCUUCAUUAGAACCGCUAAUGGGGAAGAUGCCUGAAUAAGAAGGUGGGAGGCGGGAGAACAAGCUGGCAGGUCAAAUAGAAAUGGACAUUCAAAGUUAAGUCACUAACUUUGACAAAAUAUUGUAAAUUAAUUUGCUGCAAUUGAUCAAGUAAAACAAAAUCUGGCAUUGGGGUAAAACAACUUGCCGUGUUUUGCGAUAAUGCGUAGAAAGCCAUGAGGAAUGUGCUGAGUCUGCUGCCCUUUGUUUACUUUGAAAACUAUUAAGAACACUCAUAUAUGAAAGAACAUUUUGAAGGAAAAAAAUUCAAACUUUGUGUCAAUCCUUGUGUCCUACUUCCUGGGAGAAAAGCACAAAGAUUCUUCUUAUGGUCUUUUAAUUCUUUUCCAACACAUGGCACUCACAUGGGAAGCAACUGAAACUUGCUGCACCAUUGCAUGAUAAAAAUAUUGUAAUUCACCUCAACCUGUUAAGUUUAACAUUGCAUCUCCGAGAAAUUUGAAUGAAAAUUAAGUCCAAACCUUAGUUUGUUACACUAUGAGUCAGAUACGCAAAUUGAUUGGUUAUUGCCUGUUUGGUGAUUAGUACAGAUUAUGAAGCAA